AUGGCGGUCCCUCCGGACGUUACGCUGAUGGAACGGGCAGUGCUGGAUCUCAACCAGCGGGACUUGUGGAACGGCCAGAACCUUGAUGCCAAUUCAUUGCUGGCACUGCGGUGCCUGUCGGAGGAGCAAGCAAUGGACCUCCUGGGGUCUUUAUAUUCCAAAGGCACGGGCAAAGGUGGAGUGAGCAUCUCCAAUCCCAACAACUAUCUCCAGGCAGCUAUUGCCAAGAUUGUGCGGACGGGAAUGUCCAGCGGCAUGAACUUCACCGGAAACCAGACGAGGCAGAAGGCUGCCGAGCUCGGGCUUUCCCUGGAGGAUCUGACGCUGAAAGCGCUGGCUCGCCUUCCCCUUCGCUCCUCUGUGAAGCUGCUGGAGUCGGCAGCUGCAGCUCAGAUGGGAGGAGCGGAUCCCAAUGCCGUGAUCAUUGCGGAGGAUUGUGCGAAGUUCGGGCAGGGUCAACUGAACUCUACCCUGGUUCAGAUUUGUCCGGCUUGCACUGUUCUUCUUCAGUGA